AUUCAACUAAAAACCAUUAUUAUAAAAACAGUCGCAGUCGUGGAUACCCACGGUGAUUUUCCAGAGCCAGCGUCAGUGCCAAAGUGUGCCAAUACAACACCGCCUUAUCAGCGGCUCACCAAAGCUCUGCAAUGCGAUCCAAGAUGCGGACACGAGGUAACCGUUGGCCGACGCAUAGGACUCUACAGAUUUUGUGGCGAUAUAGGACGUGGGAAUUUCUCCAAAGUGAAAUUAGCUGUACACCAGCUAACAAGAGACAAAGUGGCCAUCAAAGUAGUUGACCGUGCUGGUUUAGAUGCUAAAGCAUUGCGUAUGCUUUCAAGUGAAAUAGCUACACUUGAAUGUGUUCAUCAUCCUAAUAUUUUAAGGCUUUUCGAAGUAGUUGAAACAUUGGGUCGUGUUUAUCUAGUCACCGAAUGGAUACGUGGUGGUGAGUUAUAUAAUCAUAUCACCCAAGGUGGUCCAUUACGUGAAAUACAUGCCGCACCACUAUUCAAACAAUUGUUAUUGGCUGUGAAACACAUGCACAGUUUGGGUUACGUUCAUCGUGACAUUAAGGCUGAGAAUGUAUUACUGUUGUCUGAGGAUCGUUUGAAGUUGGCUGACUUUGGUUUUAGCACACAAUUAAUUAAUGGUGCCAAUCAAAAACUGGACACAUUUUGUGGUUCACCGCCCUAUGCAGCACCGGAACUAUUUUCCGAUGAUCAUUAUAUUGGCGCUCCGGUAGAUGUAUGGGCUUUAGGUAUACUGCUUUAUUUUAUGGUGGUUGGCAACAUGCCAUUUCGUGCACCAACAAUACCCGGCUUAAAGGCAGCCAUCUUAAAGGGAGACUAUUUAUUGCCGGGACAACUAAGUCUGCCAUGUAUAAGACUAAUACAACGCAUAUUAAUCCAUAUCCCAGCCCGCAGACCCACCAUUGAUGAUAUGCUCAAUAGCCAAUUUGUAACCCAUCCAAAAUUAAGCAACGACUUAAUGCAACACGAAAUUAAUUUACGCUCCAAACCCGUUAAACGUUCUGGUUUUUGGGUACGCUCCAAGUCGCGACGCAUGCGUAAACAAUACUCUCUAAGAGAACGUUAUAUGGAAUUAACAAAUAAACCACCCAUUAAUAUGAAUACCAAACGCAUAGAUGGUUUUUUUGUUGAUAAUUUCCUACAACCCAUUGAGUUAACGGCGAACGAUAUACCAUUGGAAGUCAUCAAGGAACAAUCGAAAAAUAAUACUCCCAAAAGAUCGUUUUUGUGUGGUACCCUCAAGAAAAAGGUCGGACCCAUGGAGGCAACCGAAAAAGAAAAACAAUUAACGAAUGGUUCUUUAAGUAAUCACACGUCACAAUGGAAUGCAGUAUUGGCAACAGAUUGUCCUCUCUUUAAGAACUAUGAUGCUGAAAAUGGUCAUUUUAUAAUGUUUCCCACACCUACAGAUGAUCUGGGACAGGUGCAACCGUUAGAGGCAGAGGCCCGACAAAUUCUCGAAGAAUUGGGCAUAACAAGUGAAAUGUUACAGCAGGCCUCACAAAAUGCUCCACGUAGUGAUAUUAUCGGAGCUUAUCGUAUUGUAAUAAAUCGUUUGCAGAAACAAUCUUGGCUGGCGCGCAAACAUGUAGAAAUGGCUUUGCAGGAAAUGCCAACUAAGGCGGAGAAGAAGAUUGAGAGAUCAUGUUGCAUACUGUAGAUUGAAGGAUGGAAAAGAGUUGGAAUUCUGAGAGAAGCAUAGCAAAGAAAGAGGGUUUGUGUGUGUUUGAAUACAAUUUUUAUAUACUAGACUAUAAACUAGAAUAUAGACUAGACUAAAGAUUAGACUAGACUAUAAACCAGACUAUAGACUAGACUAUAGAC